GGCGGGGGGCGCCGCCCGGCACCCCGCCCCGGCCGCACCGCCCAGCGCAGCCCGGGGGCAGCGCAGCCCAGCCCCGGGGCAGCCGCCCCGCAGGCACCGCGGAAGGGAUGAUCCGAACGGCGCUCGGCUGGGCUCGCAGCUGAACGCGCCUCCAUCCCUCCCUCCCUCUUCUCCCUCCCUCUUUUUUUUCUCUCUCUCUCUCGGCUCUCCUCCUCCCUAACUCACUGGAUAUUACCAGCCGCCGGGCUCGCCGCCGCCUCUCCCCCAGCCAUGAAUCCCGCCGAAGGGGCGGCGGAGGAAGGCGCUGUCCCUGACUCCGAGGUGGAUGCUUUCUUCCGAACAGGUUCUUUUCGAAAUGAUGGUUUGAAAGCUGCUGAUGUCCUUCCUAUACUGAAGGAGAAAGUGGCCUUUGUGUCAGGUGGCCGUGAUAAACGAGGUGGUCCGGUCUUGACCUUCCCAGCCCGCAGCAAUCAUGACAGAAUAAGGCAGGAAGACCUUCGUAAACUUGUGACUUAUUUGGCCAGCGUGCCAAGUGAAGAUGUUUGCAAGCGAGGAUUCACUGUUAUUAUCGAUAUGCGGGGAUCCAAAUGGGAUUUGAUCAAGCCUCUCCUAAAAACCCUUCAAGAAGCCUUUCCUGCUGAAAUUCAUGUUGCCCUGAUUAUAAAACCUGAUAAUUUUUGGCAGAAGCAGAAAACAAACUUCGGCAGUUCCAAGUUCAUCUUUGAGACAAGUAUGGUGUCUGUGGAAGGCCUGGCAAAGCUUGUGGAUCCUUCUCAACUGACAGAUGAGUUUGAAGGGUCCUUGGAUUACAACCACGAUGAAUGGAUAGAGCUGCGUGUCUCCUUGGAAGAGUUUUUCAACAGUGCCAUCCAUUUAUUAUCGAGGCUGGAGGAUCUCCAGGAAAUGUUGGCUAGGAAGGAGUUUCCAGUUGAUGUUGAGGGCUCAAGAAGGCUGAUUGAUGAGCACACACAGCUUAAGAAAAAAGUGAUUAAAGCUCCUGUGGAAGAACUGGAUCGUGAGGGCCAGAGGUUAUUACAAUGCAUAAGAUCCAGUGAUGGUUUUUCUGGUAGGAACUGCAUUCCUGGAAGUGCAGAUUUUCAAAGUCUUGUGCCAAAGAUCACCAGCCUUUUAGACAAGCUGCAUUCUACCCGGCAACACUUGCAUCAGAUGUGGCAUGUCCGCAAGUUGAAACUGGAUCAGUGCUUUCAACUCCGGCUUUUUGAGCAAGAUGCAGAGAAGAUGUUCGACUGGAUCAGCCACAACAAAGAGUUGUUCCUGCAGAGUCACACAGAGAUCGGUGUGAGCUACCAGCACGCCCUGGACCUGCAGACACAGCACAACCACUUUGCCAUGAAUUCCAUGAAUGCCUAUGUCAACAUCAAUCGAAUCAUGUCUGUGGCAUCACGGCUCUCCGAGGCAGGCCACUAUGCUUCCCAGCAAAUCAAACAAAUAUCCAGCCAGCUGGACCAGGAGUGGAAGAGUUUUGCUGCAGCUCUGGAUGAGCGCAGCACCAUCUUAGCCAUGUCUGCUGUCUUCCACCAGAAAGCUGAACAGUUCCUUUCAGGUGUGGAUGCCUGGUGCAAAAUGUGCAGUGAUGGAGGCCUCCCCUCAGAAAUGCAAGACCUGGAGCUGGCCAUCCACCAUCACCAGACCCUCUAUGAGCAAGUGACCCAGGCCUACACAGAGGUGAGCCAGGAUGGAAAAGCUUUGCUGGAUGUCCUACAGCGUCCCUUGAGUCCUGGAAAUUCUGAAUCCCUUACUGCUACUGCAAACUACUCCAAGGCUGUUCACCAGGUGUUGGAUGUGGUACAUGAAGUCCUGCAUCACCAGCGCCGCCUAGAAAGCAUCUGGCAACACAGAAAGGUCCGGCUACAUCAAAGGCUGCAGCUCUGUGUUUUCCAGCAGGAUGUUCAACAGGUACUGGACUGGAUUGAAAAUCAUGGGGAAGCCUUUCUGAGCAAACACACGGGAGUGGGGAAGUCUCUGCACAGAGCACGAGCGCUGCAGAAAAGACAUGAUGAUUUUGAAGAGGUAGCACAGAAUACAUACACCAAUGCAGACAAGCUCUUGGAGGCUGCAGAGCAGUUGGCUCAGACUGGGGAAUGUGACCCUGAAGAGAUCUAUAAAGCAGCCCGGCAUCUGGAAGUUCGGAUUCAGGACUUUGUCCGGAGGGUGGAACAGAGGAAACUUCUCUUGGACAUGUCAGUCUCCUUCCAUACCCACACCAAAGAGCUGUGGACAUGGAUGGAAGAUCUGCAGAAGGAGCUCUUAGAGGAUGUCUGUGCUGACUCUGUGGAUGCGGUUCAGGAGCUUAUCAAGCAGUUUCAGCAGCAGCAAACAGCCACCCUGGAUGCAACUCUCAAUGUUAUUAAAGAAGGGGAAGAUCUAAUCCAGCAGCUCAGGGACUCUGCUGUUUCCAACAACAAGACCCCCCACAACAGUUCCAUCAGCCACAUCGAAUCUGUCCUUCAGCAGCUCGACGAGGCCCAGGUACAGAUGGAAGAGCUCUUCCAUGAGAGGAAGAUUAAGCUAGACAUUUUCCUUCAGCUCCGGAUUUUUGAGCAGUACACCAUUGAGGUUACAGCAGAGUUGGAUGCUUGGAAUGAGGAUCUGCUGAGGCAAAUGAAUGAUUUCAAUACUGAGGAUCUCACUCUGGCUGAGCAGCGAUUGCAGCGUCACACUGAGCGGAAACUGGCCAUGAACAACAUGACCUUUGAAGUCAUCCAGCAAGGGCAGGACUUGCACCAAUACAUCAUGGAGGUCCAGGCUUCAGGCAUUGAGCUGAUCUGUGAAAAAGACAUUGAUCUUGCAACCCAGGUUCAAGAGCUGCUGGAAUUCCUUCACGAGAAACAGCACGAGCUGGAGCUGAAUGCUGACCAAACUCACAAGAGGUUAGAGCAGUGCCUGCAGCUCCGGCACCUCCAGGCUGAGGUCAAGCAGGUGCUUGGCUGGAUCAGGAACGGGGAGUCGAUGCUCAACGCCAGCCUGGUCAAUGCCAGCUCCCUCUCGGAGGCUGAGCAGCUCCAGCGAGAGCACGAGCAGUUCCAGCUGGCAAUAGAGUCCCUCUUUCAUGCCACUUCCUUACAGAAGACACACCAGAGUGCCCUGCAGGUCCAGCAGAAGGCCGAAGUGUUGCUGCAGGCUGGACAUUAUGAUGCUGAUGCCAUCAGAGAAUGUGCUGAGAAGGUGGCCCUGCACUGGCAGCAGCUGAUGCUGAAGAUGGAGGACAGGCUCAAACUCGUCAAUGCCUCUGUGGCCUUUUAUAAAACCUCUGAGCAGGUGUGCAGCGUGUUAGAGAGUCUGGAGCAGGAGUACAGACGGGAUGAAGACUGGUGUGGAGGCCGAGAUAAACUUGGGCCAGCAGCUGAGAUAGACCAUGUCAUCCCUCUGAUCAGCAAACAUCUGGAACAGAAGGAGGCUUUUCUCAAGGCCUGCACCCUGGCCCGGAGGAACGCCGAGGUAUUCCUCAAGUACAUCCACAGGAACAACGUCAGCAUGCCCGGGGUGGCCAGCCACACCAGAGGGCCCGAGCAGCAGGUCAAAGCCAUUCUGAGCGAGCUGUUGCAGAGGGAGAAUCGGGUCCUUCACUUCUGGACCCUGAAGAAGAGGAGAUUAGAUCAGUGCCAGCAAUAUGUUGUCUUUGAGCGCAGUGCCAAGCAGGCCUUAGACUGGAUCCAAGAAACAGGCGAAUAUUACCUCUCUACUCACAACUCCACAGGGGAAUCAGCAGAAGAAACUCAGGAACUCCUGAAAGAAUAUGGAGAAUUCAGAGUACCUGCCAAACAAACAAAGGAGAAAGUGAAGCUUCUCAUCCAGCUGGCUGACAGCUUUGUAGAAAAAGGACACAUACACGCCACUGAAAUUAGGAAGUGGGUCACCACCGUAGACAAGCGCUACCGGGACUUCUCUCUCAGGAUGGGGAAAUACCGUUACUCCCUGGAAAAAGCCCUUGGAAUCAACCCAGAGGAUAACAAAGACCUAGAACUAGAUAUCAUUCCAGCAAGUCUUUCAGACCGGGAGGUAAAGCUGCGAGAUGCAAAUCAUGAAGUCAAUGAAGAGAAAAGGAAGUCAGCCAGAAAGAAAGAAUUCAUUAUGGCUGAGCUGCUGCAGACAGAAAAAGCUUAUGUCAGGGAUUUACAUGAAUGUUUAGAGACUUACCUUUGGGAAAUGACAAGUGGAGUGGAAGAAAUACCAGCUGGGAUCCUUAAUAAAGAACACAUCAUCUUUGGCAAUAUUCAGGAGAUCUAUGACUUCCAUAACAACAUUUUUCUAAAGGAGCUGGAGAAAUAUGAACAACUGCCUGAGGAUGUGGGCCACUGCUUUGUCACCUGGGCAGAUAAAUUUCAGAUGUAUGUGACCUACUGCAAAAACAAGCCUGACUCCAACCAGCUCAUCCUGGAACAUGCAGGGACUUUCUUUGAUGAAAUCCAGCAAAGACAUGGGCUGGCCAACUCCAUCUCUUCUUAUUUAAUCAAGCCUGUCCAGAGGAUCACAAAAUACCAACUCCUGCUGAAGGAACUGCUGACCUGCUGUGAGGAGGGCAAAGGGGAGCUGAAGGAUGGUCUGGAAGUGAUGCUCAGUGUCCCAAAGAAGGCCAAUGAUGCAAUGCACGUCAGCAUGCUGGAAGGGUUUGAUGAGAACCUUGAUGUCCAGGGAGAGCUGAUUCUUCAGGAUUCCUUCCAAGUGUGGGAUCCCAAGUCUCUCAUUCGGAAAGGCCGUGAGAGGCAUUUGUUUCUCUUUGAAAUCUCUUUGGUGUUUAGCAAAGAGAUCAAAGAUUCUUCAGGACACACAAAAUAUGUUUACAAGAACAAGUUACUGACCUCAGAACUGGGAGUGACUGAACAUGUUGAAGGAGAUCCCUGCAAAUUUGCUUUGUGGUCUGGACGAACACCAUCCUCAGACAAUAAAACAGUGCUGAAAGCAUCCAGUAUUGAAACGAAACAGGAAUGGAUCAAAAAUAUCCGGGAAGUUAUUCAAGAAAGGAUCAUUCAUCUGAAAGGAGCUCUGAAAGAGCCCAUUCAGCUCCCCAAGACACCAGCAAAGCAGAGAAACAACAGCAGAAGAGAUGGGAUAGAUGAUGCAGACAGCCAAGGGGAUGGCAGCAGUCAACCUGACACCAUUUCCAUUGCCUCCAGGACAUCACAGAACACAGUGGACAGUGAUAAGCAUUUCGUCUACGGCAGAGACACAGGACAGUUGUCUGGAGGGUGUGAACUAACUGUGGUGCUCCAGGACUUUACAGCGGGCCACAGCAGCGAGCUGAGCAUUCAGGUGGGGCAGACAGUGGAGCUGCUGGAGAGGCCCAGCGAGAGGCCAGGCUGGUGUUUGGUCCGGACCACGGAGAGGAGCCCACCUCAGGAGGGUCUGGUCCCCAGCAGCGCUCUCUGCAUUUCCCAUUCCCGCAGCAGUGUGGAGAUGGAUUGCUUCUUCCCUUCAGGAAAAGACGCAUACUCGGUCUCUGCCAACGACAACGGGGGCAAGUCUGACUCGGUGGCCAACUUACAGCCUCAGCCAUCCCUCAACUCCAUCCAGAGCUCUCCGGGCCCCAAGCGCUCCACCAACACCCUGAAAAAAUGGUUGACCAGUCCCGUGCGCCGCCUGAACAGCGGGAAGACCGAGAGCCACAUCAAGAAACAGAAGAAGGUGCGAGAUGGCAGGAAGAGCUUUGACCUUGGCUCACCAAAGACUGGAGAUGAAACCACUCCUCAAGGAGACAGCGCAGAUGAGAAGAGCAAGAAGGGUUGGGGAGAAGAUGAACCAGAUGAAGAGUCUCACACACCUCUUCCUCCUCCCAUGAAGAUUUUUGACAAUGAUCCAACCCAAGAUGAUAUGUCCUCUUCUUUGCUAGCUGCUCGACAGAGCUCCUCCGAUGUCCCAACUGCUGCGGAUCUUGUCAGUGCAAUAGAAAAGUUGGUCAAAACUAAGCUGACCCUCGAAGGAGGAUCUUACCGAGGAGGCUUAAAAGAUGCCACUGGCUGCUUAAAUGAAGGAAUGACGCCUUCAACUCCCCCACGAAACCUUGAAGAGGAACAAAAAGCGAAAGCAAUGAGAGGCAGGAUGUUUGUCUUAAAUGAGCUGGUGCAGACUGAAAAAGACUACGUCAAAGACUUGGGAAUUGUUGUGGAGGGCUUCAUGAAGAGGAUGGAAGAAAAAGGAGUUUCUGAAGAUAUGAAAGGGAAAGACAAAAUUGUAUUUGGCAAUAUUCACCAGAUCUAUGACUGGCACAAAGACUUUUUCCUGGGUGAACUGGAAAAAUGUCUUCAAGAACCUGAGCGUUUAGCACAGCUUUUUAUUAAGCAUGAGCGGCGAUUGCACAUGUAUGUGGUGUAUUGCCAAAACAAGCCCCGCUCUGAGUAUAUAGUAGCUGAGUAUGAAACGUACUUUGAGGAGGUUCAGCAGGAAAUAAGCCAACGGCUGACCAUCAGUGACUUUCUGAUUAAACCCAUUCAAAGAAUAACUAAAUACCAGCUUCUUCUCAAGGUGAGUGAAAAAUACAGUUUGGAUUUAACUCUACAUAUCAGCAUAUCACAGUGGGUCAGGGUUUGUAAUGUUGGUGCCUUGUCUGCUUCCCAGGGCAAGCUGACAGCUCAAGGCAAGCUGCUGCAGCAGGACACCUUCUACGUGACGGAGCAGGAUUCCGGGGUUCACUCUCGGCCCAAGGAGCGCAGGGUGUUUCUCUUUGAGCAAAUAGUUAUCUUCAGUGAGCUCCUGAGAAAAGGGUCUCUAACACCAGGCUACAUGUUCAAGAAGAGCAUAAAGAUGAACUACCUUAUCAUUGAAGAAAAUGUGGACAAUGAUCCCUGCAAGUUUGCUCUAAUGAGCCGGGAAACAUCAGAGCGAGUCAUUUUGCAGGCAGCUAAUCCAGAAAUUCAACAAGCUUGGGUACAGGACAUCAACCAGGUCCUGGACACACAACGAGAUUUCCUAAAUGCGCUGCAGUCGCCCAUCGAGUACCAGCGCAAGGAGAACAGCUCGGCGGUGCUGCGGCCCCAGGCCGGCAGGGUCCCUCAGCCCAACACCCGGCCCCAUUCCUCUAUUCCAGUAGGGUCUGAGAAGCCUUUGAAGGCUACAAGCCGUAACCCAUCUCUCCCACCCCUGAAGAUAUCUACCUCCAAUGGCAGCACAGGGUAUGAGCACUCACAGCCCGGAGACAAGUAUGAACAAAGCAAGACUGAUUUGGGAGGGUGCAAUGGGACCUCUUCCAUGGUGGUGAUUAAAGAUUACUAUGCACUGAAGGAGGAUGAGAUCUGUGUGAAUCAAGGAGAGGUGGUUCAGAUCCUUGCUAUCAACCAGCAGAACAUGUUCCUGGUGUACCAGCCUGCAAACGACCACUCUCCAGCUGCUGAAGGAUGGAUCCCUGGCAGUAUCUUGGCUCCCCUCCCUAAAUCCACUACAGAUAAUAGCGAUGGAAGCAUCAAGAAGUCAUGUUCAUGGCAUACCCUGCGCAUGAGAAAGCGGGCGGAAAAGGAGAGCAGUGGCAAAAAUGAAGCCAAUGGGCCACGUAAAUCCAAGGAUAUUCUGGGGAACAAAGUCUCUGUUAAAGAGACAAACAGCUCAGAGGAAUCAGAGUGUGAUGACCUUGACCCCAAUACUAGUAUGGAGAUAAUCAACCCCAAUUUCAUCCAAGAAGUGGCUCCAGAGUUUCUUGUGCCACUAGUGGACAUCACCUGCCUGCUUGGGGACACAGUGAUGCUGCAGUGCAAAGUCUGUGGGCGACCCAAACCAACUAUAACCUGGAAAGGACCAGACCAAAACAUUCUAGACAAUGACAACAGCACGGCCACUUACACGGUGUCAUCCUGUGACUCGGGAGAGCUCACCUUGAAGAUCUGCAACCUGAUGCCUCAGGACAGUGGCAUCUACACCUGUGUGGCAACCAAUGAACACGGAACCGCAUCGACCUCUGCAACUAUCAAAGUCCAAGGUGUGCCAGCUGCCCCAAACCGCCCCAUUGCUCAGGAGAGAAGCUGCACCUCUGUGAUCCUGCGCUGGCUACCCCCAACCAGCACAGGCAAUUGCACCAUUUCAGGCUACACGGUGGAGUACAGAGAAGAAGGCUCACAGGUCUGGCAGCAGUCAGUAGCCUCCACUUUGGACACGUACCUGGUCAUUGAGGACCUGUCCCCAGGCUGCCAGUACCAGUUCCGAGUGAGUGCCAGCAACCCCUGGGGGAUCAGCUUGCCCAGCGAGCCCUCCGAGUUCGUGAGGCUCCCGGAGUACGACUCUGCUGCCGAUGGUGCCACUAUUUCAUGGAAGGAAAACUUUGACCUUGCCUAUGCAGAGCUGCAUGAGAUUGGGAGGGGUCGAUUCUCCAUAGUAAAGAAAUGUGUCCACAAAGCCACCCGGAAAGAUGUUGCUGUAAAAUUCAUCAGUAAAAAAAUGAAAAAGAAAGAGCAGGCAGCACAUGAAGCAGCUUUGUUACAACACUUACAGCAUCCUCAGUACAUCACGAUCCAUGAUACUUACGAGUCUCCUACUUCUUACAUCCUAGUUUUGGAACUGAUGGAUGACGGUCGUCUCUUAGAUUACCUGAUGAACCACGAUGAGCUUAUGGAGGAAAAGGUGGCCUUCUAUAUAAGAGACACUAUGGAAGCCUUGCAGUACCUCCACAACUGCAGAGUGGCUCACUUGGACAUAAAGCCAGAAAAUCUGCUCAUUGAUUUGAGAAUCCCAGUGCCUCGUGUCAAGAUCAUUGAUUUGGAAGAUGCAGUCCAGAUCACAGGUCAUUACCAUGUCCACCACCUCCUUGGAAACCCGGAGUUUGCAGCCCCUGAAGUUAUCCAAGGCCUUCCAGUCUCCCUGAGCACGGAUAUCUGGAGCAUUGGGGUCCUCACCUACGUCAUGUUAAGUGGUGUCUCUCCAUUCCUGGAUGAAAGCAAAGAGGAGACUUGUAUCAACGUGUGUAGAGUGGAUUUCAGCUUCCCACACGAGUACUUCUCCGAUGUGAGCCACGCCGCCAGGGAUUUCAUCAACGUUAUGCUCCAGGAAGACUUCAGGAGAAGGCCGACAGCAGCCACUUGUUUACAGCAUCCGUGGCUGCAACCGCACAAUGGCAGCUAUUCCAAGAUCCCACUGGAUACCUCCCGCUUGGCGUCCUUCAUCGAGCGCCGCAGGCACCAGUACGAUGUGCACCCGGUCCCCAGCGUCAAGAGCUUCCUGCUGAGCAGGAUGAACCCGGGCACGUAGUGUCCCAUCCACGGGAUCCCACCCUGCUGCUCCUGAGCCGUGUGCCGGGAGCGCCGCCGGGAGCACGCGGAUCCGCCUGUACAUAUCCCAUGUUCGGUUUGCAUUUCACCAACUGCAGGGUGGGAAUCACUGCAGACAUGGCAAUGGGACCAAGGCAAAGAGGGUGACAGCAACGGGGACAUGCUCCCUCUCUCGGGGCACAUGGUACUGCCACGUCCACUGCCAAACAAGGACUGCAGGAAGCAAACUGGGAAUGACAGCCAAACUUGCAGUUGCCUUAAUCUUUGUGAGGCAGCCUUAUAAGAAAUCUCCUUGAACUUGCUGAACUGAAUUCAAAAUGUACAGAAGACUAGAAGUAGAAUAAUAGGGGGGGAAGUGAGACCAGCUGACCUUAGCACGUACUGCAGAACUGGACUGGUCAGUUUUUGCUGAAAUCAUUGCAAGCCUGCUCCAGGUUAUCAGUCAUAUUUCUCAUGCCCCAUAUGCCCAGGUCUGCCAUGAUUUCAGUGGGGACUUUGCCUGCAUAGGACAUGCAAGAUCAGGCUCCAGUCACUGCUGGAUCAGCUCCCAUGGUGGUGUGGCUCAGGAACACUCGUGUUGCGUGGUAGUGCUCAGACCAAAAUCCUCCAUUAAGGCCCUGCUUGGGCUUUCUGCUGUGUUAAGUCAACGUGCAGCACCUUUCAGAGCUACGAUUAAGGCAAUGAAUUCACUGGAGCAUACAGCUGGUUCUGACUAAGCACAAUGGGACUAUGGUGGGUUUUUUAAAAGCAUUUUAUACACAUUGUACAGAAAUCUUUUGCAAAACCUGUGCAUUGAGAAAAGGCAGAGUCCAAUUUUUGCAGUAUCUGUAAACUAGAUGAUGAUGGUGAUGAAGACAAUUUUUUCUAUCACAGGUUUUCAGUAUACAUAUAUUGUAUCAUAGAUAUAAAUAUAUAUAAAUAUAAAGGAUCCUGUUCCAUUUCUAGCUUCAGAAUGGCCCAAAGUCCAUCUAAGCCUUUCAGAGUGCAGUAGGAGUGGUGAGUUCAUUCUUGUGCUUACAGCUUGAAAAUCGUUUUCAGUGUUUAAAGCAUGUCAUUUGUUUCAUUUCCAAACUUGUAAAUAUCUCUCAGCCACCAUCAGCACCUCAUAACCAAAGCAUUCAUGAGGAUAUUUUUAUGUCCAAAGCCUAAUUUGUAAUAAAAAAUAAUAUUCACAAUUAAAACAUUUCUCUCUUGCAAGCCAAGUUGCAACAUCAUCAUAUUGAUGUUACAGUGACAGAGCCAGCCUUAAGUGUAACCAACAUAGGGAGUCUGCAGUGACAAAUCAGCAGUUUGUAGGUUGGCCAAAUCUUCCUUUCCAGAAAUGGGACUGGAAGGGAAAACCAUCUGGGACUUCCCCAUCCUACUGCCACACCACAAAGCUCUACAGCCUUGUAGGGUUACAGUCAAAGAGAUUUUUUUUCCCCUGGCAUGUGGAGACUUUGUCUCGGUGCUGAGUACCAUUUGUGUGUCUGUAAUGGGAGAUGGCAGUUGUUACCAAAGGUUUUCCUAAGGAAAAGGGCUUGAUCCGACCACGUGUGCUCAUACAGACUCUCUGGUAAGGGAGAGAGUCAAAUCUCAUUUACCAUCUGAGUAACUGCACUGUGAGCCUGCAGGAGCAAGCGCUGUCUCUGCCAGUGGGUGGUGGAGAUACCCUGCAAGUACUGUUAAAUUCUCAGGGCUCUGAUAGCCCUUUUUUGAUCCACCUCCAAGCUCCCCUUCACAGCAGGGAGGAGACCUGGCCCUUCUCUUUGUGCUUGCUCUAUCACUACACCAGAGUGGUCAGUAUUUUGUUAGCGGAGAAGAGGCACAGCAAAAACCCUCAGCGCUCAGGACUGAGUGUGUGCAACAAAGAACAGCCCUUGAAAUGGGGAAGCCACAGGCAGAGGGUGAGCCCAGGGGCCUCAGCAGAGCCAGAAGCAGUUCUGUGAGAGAUCUGAUACAGGGAGGGAGUGUGGAAAGGUUUGAAAGAGACAAGUGUUCACAGAAGGUUAAGCUUUUUGAAAAUCAUCUAGAACCUGUCUCAGUUCCUGUGUAGAGCAGCAGCUGAUUUUCUAAGCAAUCCAGCAGCACCUCCUAGAUAAAGACCAGACUCUCAGAGCAACAGUGCAAAGUAUGCAAUUUCUUAGCAACUGAAUACAGACAGCAGUCAAGGGGGUCUCUAAUUACCACCAGCCUCAGGUACUUUCUCACUACAGGACUGUCUGUAAUUCUUCCUAUUUGUCAAAGCUGGCUCUUUGUGCUCUGAUUGUGCUGCCCUUAAAAAAAUGUUUGUGGAAGUGUGGUCUGUAAAACCCACAGCUUUAAUUAGGCCCAUGGGUACAGUUUGAGCCACAAGCUUUCUGCUUGGCAUUAAUACAAACAAAUUCUCGUGUAUCACAUGAAAUUUGGAGUUAUUUAGCAUUUUGUUUUUCUAGAUCCUGCAUUCAUAUGUCAAAGUACAACAGCAGACCCUUUGAAUGCACAGGGGGGAAAAGCCAGACUGUUUAAGGUAAUAUUUAAGCCUCUCAUUGCUAUCAAAUAAUAGAAAAGAAAACCCAAAAGGCUGAAAGAGAGAUGAUAUAUGAUUAGGUAUUGGUGCUCAAAUUCAAAAAAGACUCCUUGUUGAGAGAGCUGGAGGUCCUGAAUUCUGAAGACGUUGAAUGUUGUGGGGUCACUUUCUUUUGUGGUUUUGCUUUUUCCAUAUUCAUGUUAGAACACCUCUUCCUGGACACCAUUCUUCUUACAGCCCAUUCAGGAAUACUUGAACCAGUUAAAACUUCCAUAAAACAUUUGUAAUUACCAAUCGUUCUUGCUUUUGCCUGAAUAAUACCGAGUUGACAUGCAAUAUUGCCAUUUGAUAAAUGCAGAGGAAGUAUCCUGACUUCACUCUUUCAAAGUGUUUUUCAGCCAUCCUGUGGUGCCUCUGCAGAUACAACAGGUCCUGUAACUCUGUUGAAAACCAUAACUCCAUUUUAAAGAGAUUACAGAAGCUGAGUAAGUAGGCCUGGAGUGCAUCUGCUGAGUAAGAAGCACCACAGCCAACCCCCUGUGUAGCAUUCUCCAGUGACUGGAUUUUUUGGUGCAGGAAAUAUUGUCUGUAACAAACACAGUUUCUCAGUGAAGUUCCCCAGAGAAUAUCUGACCCCAAGGGGAAGAUUUCCACCUGCAGCUGUGUACCACUCAGGGUAUUCCCAAGAUGGCUUGAAAAUGUGGUGGUAGCUGCACCCUUUAGCUCCUCCAGCAGCUUCCAGCCAUCCAGGAUGGACAGGAAUCCUCAAACAGUGCACCACAAGCUGUGUGUGGAGUGGCACUGUGCACACAGCCACUGCCAUCAGACAUCUCCACAGUGCUCUUACUCUGCUCUGACUUCAAAAUGUGGCUCACAGUGUCCCCAGGUGCUGGCUGACAGCAGGGCAGCAGCGAAGGUGCUGGUGACCCAGAGCCCAGACGCAGGGACAUGGGGGGCUCCUUUUUUAAGAUGGAUUCAUUUAAUGAAUGUGCAAUGAGAAAUUAACUCACCUCUCUCUCUGCUCCACUUGGAGCAGCCAGGCCAGGGCAGGAAUUCUGCUGGCCAGUGUAAACUGCCAGCCCCCAUCAGGUGUUGCUGCCCUGGGGGAUGCCCCAUGUACCCCCAGGCUGCCAAGCCCCCUGUGCAUGGCACUGUUGGGGUGACACAGCCAGUGCAGGCUGGUAGACUUCAGUAUUUAAAGCAGUCCAGGCUUUAAAAUUUAUAAUAUAUCUCUCUUUUCUCAGUGAUACCAACAAUUCAUUUAGUCUUCCUGCCCUUUCUUUUUAAAAGACUACGGAUUGGGUUUUUCCAGUAACAUGUAUCUUUUUACUCCUAAGUUAAUGCUGAGACAAAGUCUGUGCCCUCAGCUGACCCUGAGGCUGUGGCUUCAGUGGAGUUCAUCAGCAUUUCUGACAAUGCUAUUGGGCCUGUGCUGCAAAUACUGUGCAUAAAGGCUGAAUGCAGAACCACACAUUAUAACCUGACUAUAUAUAACCCUAUUUUAAUACCCUUGCAAUGAGGGGACUGUGUCAAGUAAGCUAAGGUAAUAUAAAUUUCAGAGACAGAUGUAAAGGCUUCUCUGUGCACAUAAAGCUCUAGCAGAAAAUUUACAUGCACAGGGGCUCACCACCUUUGUUUGUUCUUGUUUCUUUCACAGCAGAGGUGGAUUCUCCUCUAACACAGGGCUUGGGUUUAUUUUUGAGCUCAUUCACUCAUGUCCCAUCAGAAAAUGGUGCUUUCCCAAGGAAACAAAAUCAAAUCCCAUUUUACUAGGCUGACUGCACACUGCCAUCAAGUGAUGUACUCUCGUUCUGGGAUCUGUAUAGUGCUGAGUGUUUCCAUAGCGUCAGGAUGCUGAAUGUUUGCUGUAACUGUAGUCUUUAUUAUGGAGCUAGUGAAAAACCAACAUCUCUACUCAAGCCAUAUUUCACCUUCAUGUCCAACUUCUGAUGCUGGUGCUUUUACUUCUCUUUCUACCAAACUGUUCAACACUGCUCUGCCACUGAGGUCAAUUUGCUGAUAACUUUUGGAAAGCAAAUGCAAUAGCAAGUGCAAAAAAAAAAAAAUCAAUCUCAGACUUAUUCACCGAGAUAAGAGCAAACAGUUGGAACGUAUUGAUGCUUUUCAAUUCUAGCAACAAUCCACUGAAGGAGGAAAAAAGAAACAGUAUUGCUAACAGCUCAGCAUUUUCAAGGUGCAAAGUAAUUCCACAGCCUUAAUUAUUUCAGUGUAUUGCUGGUCUGCCUUAAAUGUAUCUUCAGUUUUAUUGCGGAUUUCAUUUGUAUGCACACAAUGUUGGUUUGUAAAGGCAGGUUUGUAAAUAUUUCCUUUGUAAGUCUGAUCACUCAUGUGUACUGUUGUGAGGUGACUACUUGCUGUCCCAUGUUGUUGUUACUAUACUGCAGUAUAUAUGAUCAUCUACAGAUGUAGCUUCGACCUGUACAUCUCCUGUCCUUGCAUUCCCAUAAAUAGAGUAUACUAAAGACUCCGUUUCUGGGCUUUUUUUGAUUAAAUAAAAUUAUUCCAA